UCGUUUUUAAAGUUUUUUACAAUAGGUUUUCUGAGAAUUGUUUCUAUAACCAUACAAUAACAAUGAAAAACCUGUAUCGUUUGUGCCAUCGAAGUGCUAAUUUCGGAACAACCCUUCCGUCGCUGGAUUCCGGCGGCGGUAGCUUAAUGGUGGUUGAUCCCAACAGCAGCGGCGUUCUUUAUGUGGCAACACCCGAUGAUCGUUCCUCUGGACAGUAUACUGUGUACCGUUGCGUUUCAUCGGAUUCGGCUGACGAUCCACCAGGUUCGAACUGCAAAUUGUUGCUCCAGAUUCCCGGCGUCCUGAUCGGACUGGAAUAUUUGGUCUUGAGCGAUGAACUGUGCCUAGCCAGUGCCGCCGGGGAGGUGAUGGUUGUUCGGAAUGGUGCGGCGGACAGUUCUUCCGUCGAAGAACCGGAUGUGGUUACUUUCUGUGUCGGCGGUCUGGAUGCGAUGUGCUGGAGUCCCGAUCAAGGGGUGGUGGUGUUUGUUGAUUGCAAUCUCAACGUUGUCACAAUGAAUGCCGCCUAUGACCCGAUUAAUGAAGUUUCUUUGAAAGACGACACCUUCGGCGAUCGGGAGUUUAUGAGUGUCGGUUGGGGAAAAAAGGAAACUCAGUUUCACGGAUCGGAAGGAAAAGCCGCUGCGCGGCAAAAGAAGGACGUAGCUGUAGGGGCGGUUGAUUUAGAGCAAGUUGAUCCGAAGGUGCGCAUUAGCUGGCGGGCCGAUGGUGAACUGUUUGCCGUUGGUUUCCGUGGUCCUUUUGGGCGAGCUUUUAAAGUGUUUAACAAGGAAGGAGCGCUACAGUUUACUUCGGAGAAGUGUUUCGGUUUACAGACAGCGCUGGCCUGGAGACCGUCUGGCUUGUGGAUUGCAAUUCCACAGCUGUUGAAGGAGAAGCAGGUGAUUGCGUUGUUUGAAAAGAAUGGACUGAGGCACAGGGAGAUAGAACUUCCUUUUAAGGUGCAGGAAGAACGCGUGAAAGGGUUAUACUGGAGUCACGAUUCGGAAGUGCUAGUUAUUCAUAGCAUCAAGGAAGAGAGCAAACUGAAUUGCUUGUACUAUUUGAUUGUUUGUAACUACCAUUGGUACAUUAAGCAAUACGAGGAAUUCGAUAAGCAAAUCGUAGCACUUGAGUGGGAUUUGAAUUAUUCGGAAGGCCGAACUCUGCAUAUUCUGCUGAACGAUGGGAGUCACCAGGCGACUCGUUGGAAUUUUUCAGUUGAUCACUCUCGAGGAUUGGAAAAAACGGAUGAAUCGUUGGUGGCGGUCAUCGAUGGUUCCGCUUUGCUGGUCACGAAUUUUCGUGGUGUUGUCAUUCCUCCCCCGAUGUGUGGUUUUACUCUGAAAACCGAGAAGCAAAUUAAUGCUGUCGGAUUUCUAAACAAUUACGAUGAAUUGUACAAUUCUAACUGCUUUUUCACGGUAGAUCAUUCGAAUAAAAUCUGUUUUUACAAGCCGGAAUUCACGGAAGGUACUGUUAGGCGUAUUAAAGAUAUCCAGCCGAUUGGAUGCUUGAAUGUUCCUCCAGAAGUGUAUUCCCAUUAUUGCUGGCUUCGAAGUGAUAUUCUACUAGCAGUUGAGGGAUCAAGCACGAUCCAAAUCUUCUCUGUUAAUAUUUCCGAGAGUAAAAUCCAACUGCAGGGGAGUAUAACAGUCAAUGAUCAAACGAAAAUGAUCGGCUGCAUCGAAGGCAUCGGCAAUUAUUCCGCUUUGGUUGAAGCUUUAUCAGGUCAGACAUUUCGUCUAAACGUUGAUGCACCGAUUGCUCUGGAAGAGCACCUUAGGCUGCCUGAUUUCUGUGAGCAACUGCGAAUUCGAACAGGCAACAAAGACACACUACAGAUUUAUUCCCUACGAAAUCGACAAAACUUGUACGCUAAUGGUUCUCUGAUUGCCUCCAACGUCACGUCCAUGUUUUUAUCCGAGCGCUACCUUUUGUACACAACAAUUGCCGAGCUGAAAUUCCUCAACCUUCAGGACAACUCUGUGGUGGGAAAUCGUCGUAUCGAACGGGGCUCGAAGCUGAUUACAGUGGUGCCAAAAGCAGCUCGAACCGUAUUUCAACUACCUCGUGGCAAUCUGGAAGCAAUUGCACCACGCGUUCUGUCUCUUUGUCUAGUGGCCGACCAUCUGAAUGCUUUGGAGUACUACAAAGCUUUCGAUAUUUUACGAAAAGAGCGCAUCAAUCUCAACUUGAUUGUGGAUCAUGAUCCGCAGCUGUUCCUAUCGAAUCUGGAUCGUUUCCUGCAGGAAGUUACAAAUGUGAAUUGGCUCAACCUUUUCAUUACGGACUUGCAGAAUCAGGACGUCUGUCAGAGCAUGUACGAAAGCAACUAUCGCAAGGGAGAAACUAAAACUGUGACAAAUGAUUACAAACCCGAAGUGAAAGUUAACUAUUUAUGUGAUAAAUUGCUUCAAGUUUUGAAUAAUAACCCAAACUACACUCUUCCCAGGAUAACUUGCUAUGUAAAACUGGGACUUCUCGAGCAGGCUCUGGAAGUGAUUUGGGAUUUGAAACGGCUUCAACGAAAAGAUGAAGCUGCUGAGGAAGCCCUCAAAUAUCUGCUAUAUCUGGUUGAUGUUAACGAUUUGUUUAACAUAGCGCUUGGAAUGUAUGAUUUCGGAUUGGUUUUAUACGUUGCCACUAAAUCGCAGAAAGACCCGAAGGAAUAUCUUCCUUUCUUGAAUGAACUAAAGCGACUGGAACAGAGUUAUCAACGGUACAAGAUUGACUGCCAUCUGAAACGGUUCUCGAAAGCUAUUGAACAUAUGGCGCACUACGGGAUUGACGAUGAAAAGUUUCAGGAAACUUUACAACUCACAAUUACACAUGGCCUUCACACAAAAGCGAUGGCAGUUUUCCUCGGGAGCCCUGACUGCUAUCAAAAAGUGUGUGCUUGUUACGGAGACUUCUUGAGACAGUCCAAUAAGCAAUCGGAUGCAAGUCUAAUUUACGAAAAGGCAGGUGACUACCAGCAAGCGAUUGCGUCCGCUAGGAAUGCCGUGGAAUGGGAGAGGUGUCUAAGAUUAGCCAAAAUAGCUAAUUAUAAUGAAACUGACAACCGAAGGUUGGUACAAACCUUGAUUCCUGCGCUGCAGGAAACAGGAGAGUACGAAGCAGCAGCUCGACUGGCUAAGGAAUACCUUGGAGAUCAAACUUUGACCGUGACGAUACUUUUGAAAAAUCACCUUUUCGAAAAGGCACUUUUGGAAGCUCAGUUGACGAAUCCAACAGCCGUAGAAGCCGUCAUACGUCCAGCCCUGGAAGAGUACCUACAAACAUUACUCCAAAAACUUUCAAGCGAAAAAGAGGAAUUUUUAAAGCACAAAAAUCGACUCCUUUUGGUUCGGGAGGAGAAAGCACUUAAAAAGCUAGACAAACACACCGAUGAAAACGAUCCCGAUCUGGAUGAUUGCGAUCUGUACUCGGACGUAUCAACAGUCGCCUCAUCCAAGUACACCAGCAGUUCGGGACGAUCUGGAAAAUCUCACCGUUCGAGUAAAAACCGCCGAAAGCACGAACGUAAGCUGCUCAAUCUGAAGGAGGGCAAUCCCUUCGAAGAUAUUGCCCUGAUUGACGUGCUGCAUGCGCUGGUGCUGAGAAUCUGCGAACCGGAGCGGCAGCGGCACAUUCGUUCCGUCUGUAAGGUGGCGAUCGAGUUGGAUCAGCUGCAACGGGCUGCCGACAUUCAACGGGAGUACGCGGCGUUGUACGCUUUGGUGAAGUUUUCGCUGGAUUCGAUUUGGAUACCGGAAAUGGUGGUCCCCGGUAGCGGGCAGGAUGUGGAGCAGAUGGCUGCCGCAACCGGGGAUCUUAGUAAGGUUCAGAGUGUGCAGCAUUAUUCGAUGAUCAAACCACAUCAACGCUAUAAACCGGAGCUGCAGAGUAUUUCCUGGCAAUUUGAAGUGCUUAAAUAGUGAAGUUAGUAAGAUGUGGCAAUGUUGAGUAAAUAUUACUUUGAAAAGUG